AUGUCCGAAUACUGGAAGUCGACACCUUCGUACUGGUGCAAAUUCUGCAGCCAGUAUGUCCGCGACACCACCAUCGAGCGCAAGAAUCACGAGGCAACCGCCAAGCAUCAGAACAGCAUUCAGCGCAGUCUGCGAGAACUGCACAAGAACCAGGAGCGUGAGAAGCGUGAGGAGCAGCAAGCGAAAGCCGAAGUUGCCAGGCUCAAUGGAAUGUUUGGCAGCAAAUCAGACACUUCCAAACCACCAACACGGGCGCCGGCGCCUACGCCAUCGUCGAACGGCCCGCAGCUGGGGACUGCGGCACAGAGAAAGGCGCAUGCUGAGCAGCUGGCAGCUCUAGGUGUUGAACUGCCCGAUGAGCUGAAGAAGGAGGUCACUGGCGUGGAGAAUUAUAAGACAGUGACGGAGUGCGAAGUGCAGCCCGUGCAAGAUGGCACGGUAACGGUCAAUCGGUCAUUGGCAGAUAUUCUGGCAGAAGCCCGGCGAAAGGAAGAGAACCUGAAGCAAGAGACACAGGACGAAGAUGAGCUACAUUCGCUGGCCAUGGGCGUCUCUAAGCGAAAGGCAGAAGACGACGAAGAUAUACGGGAUGAAGAAGCCGCGCCGAAAAGGAAGGCCUGGGGAAGCAAUUUCAAAAGAUAUCCUGGUGCCAACAACGAUCAAGACGAUGGAGCUGACUUAGAUGCAUUGCUGAGCGGAGUGUCCAAUAAGAAGAAGGUGCCCGCAAUUAAGACCGAAAUAUCGGGAGAAGGAGAAGCUGCGAAGCAAGAAGAGGUUGACGAGCCGUCGAAGUCCAUGGCUGCCAUUCCGGAGGUUGGUGAGCUUGCAGGCGCUGCCAAGCAAGAGAACAGUGACGGUGCCCCUGCUGUCGUCUUCAAGAAAAGGAAAGGCAAGAAGUGA